UUGUUUAUUUUCAGGUGCGGAUUCCGUGGUGGGUACUGCGAAUUGGUUAACUUCGAUCCAGAUGUUCGAGCUCAGCUGUACAAGUGUCUAUCGGCUCGUCUCUGCCCACCAGUUCUUGGCCAGCUAGCGAUGAAUGUCGUUGUUAAUCCUCCCAAACCAGGUGAACCCUCCUAUGAGAAGUUCUGUCGUGAGAAGUCGAAUGUCCUGAGCGAUUUGGCCAAGAAGGCGAAGUUGGUUGAGAGUCUUUUCAAUGAAUUGCCUGGCUACCACUGCCAACCUGUCAUGGGUGCCAUGUACGCCUUUCCAAGAAUUGAGCUGCCGCCGAAAGCAAUGCAGGCCGCUGAACGAGCUAAGAUUCCAGCGGAUACGUUCUACGUAACGAGGUUGCUUGAUGAUACUGGUGUUUGUGUUGUACCCGGCUCUGGAUUCAACCAAAAACCUGGCACCUACCACUUUAGGACGACAAUUCUACCAACAGUUGAAAGAAUGAAAAUUAUGAUGGAACGACUUGGCGAAUUUCAUAUGAAAUUCAUGAAGCAGUACGAAUAA